AGCCAACGGAGUUCAGCUGAAACAACCAACAUAACAGAGACCGAAGCUUUUGGUCUAAGCUGCAAUAUGCCUAUGUGUCAGGCGUACGGCUGCUCGGUUCGGCCGGGAGAAAAUAACCAUAAAAGUGCGUUUUCUAUACCAAAUCCGAUCCGAGAUCGAGAGAGAUGUGCCCAGUGGCUUCACAAUAUUGGGACUGACAAGUUUGACAUAAAAACAUAUAAAUAUAACGCGAGUAGAGUCGUUUGCGAGGACCACUUCGAGCUGGAUUGUUUCCGAGAAGAUGUCCGUGCAAAGAUAAUGGGGUACACUCCCCGAAAAAAAAUGCUGAAAUCUGACGCUAUCCCGACGAUAUUUGUUCACCGGAAACCCCCCAAUCGAAGAAAUUCUAAUGUCAGCGACAAAAGAAGAGAGAGGACAGAUCGUGAUAAGUCUCACUCUUGGUACAGGAAAAUAUUUUUGCCUUCAGUUUGCAAGCAAGCCACCAUGUCCCUGCCAGAGAUGGAUCAGUAUCUUUUAGAUGUCCAGGUUUAUUUCACAGCCAAGGAAUGGGCAAUGUUCAGCAGUUAUGAGAGAAUUUGUAUCAAGAACGUCAAAGAAAACUAUGAGAUGGUGAACAAAGUUGGAUUACAGGUCAAUCCACCUAUGUUUAUGCAACGUCAGCAAGACAUAAAACUAGAGAUCAAAGAGGAAAAUGAUAGCGAGGAUGAGGAAAUGACGUUAGAACCUUCCCAUGUACUUGUCAAUGAUGAAAAGCCAGAUGACAUAAAGGAGAACAACUUACAUGAAGAGAGUACAAACCAUUUCACUAUUAAAGUGGAGACUGAGUAUGAUGAUGAUGGGAAUCUGCUUAAUGCUCAUGAUAUCGGAGGAGAGGGAAUCAUCGGACUAUUUGAAUGGAAGGACUAUGAUGAAGCUAUCCAGACACAAACCAAUCCAGCAUCAGGUGAUGAGAGGUCAGGGGAUCUCAGGACUCAGUCAUGUGAUCAGAAGACAGAACAAACUUUGAUAGAAGUAGCUGCAGGGGGUGACCAGACUUCCAAGCAAUCAGGUGAUCUCAGAACCCAGUCAGGUGAUCUCAACUCUCAGUCAUGUGAUCAGAGGACAGAACAAACUUUAAUAGAAGUAGCUGCAGGAGAUGACCAGACUUCCAAGCAAUCAGGUGAUCUCAGAACCCAGUCAGGUGAUCUCAACUCUCAGUCAUUUGAUCAGAAGACAGAACAAACUUUAAUAGAAGUAGCUGCAGGGGAUGACCAGACUUCCAAGCAAUCAGGUGAUCUCAGAACCCAGUCAGGUGAUCUCAACUCUCAGUCAUGUGAUCAGAAGACAGAACAAACUUUGACAGAAGUAGCUGCAGGGGGUGACCAGACUUCCAAGCAAUCAGGUGAUCUCAGAACCCAGUCAGGGGAUCUCAGGACUCAGUCAUGUGAUCAGAGGACAGAACAAACUUUGAUAGAAGUAGCUGCAGGGGGUGACCAGACUUCCAAGCAAUCAGGUGAUCUCAGAACCCAGUCAGGUGAUCUCAACUCUCAGUCAUGUGAUCAGAAGACAGAACAAACUUUGACAGGGGGUGACCAGACUCCCAAGCAAUCAGGUGAUCUCAGAACCCAGUCAGGUGAUCUCAACUCUCAGUCAUGUGAUCAGAAGAAAGAACAAACUUUGACAGGGGGUGACCAGACUCCCAAGCAAUCAGGUGAUCUCAGAACCCAGUCAGGUGAUCUCAACUCUCAGUCAUUUGAUCAGAAGACAGAACAAACUUUAAUAGAAGUAGCUGCAGGGGAUGACCAGACUUCCAAGCAAUCAGGUGAUCUCAGAACCCAGUCAGGUGAUCUCAACUCUCAGUCAUGUGAUCAGAAGACAGAACAAACUUUGACAGAAGUAGCUGCAGGGGGUGACCAGACUUCCAAGCAAUCAGGUGAUCUCAGAACCCAGUCAGGGGAUCUCAGGACUCAGUCAUGUGAUCAGAGGACAGAACAAACUUUGAUAGAAGUAGCUGCAGGGGGUGACCAGACUUCCAAGCAAUCAGGUGAUCUCAGAACCCAGUCAGGUGAUCUCAACUCUCAGUCAUGUGAUCAGAAGACAGAACAAACUUUGACAGGGGGUGACCAGACUCCCAAGCAAUCAGGUGAUCUCAGAACCCAGUCAGGUGAUCUCAACUCUCAGUCAUGUGAUCAGAAGAAAGAACAAACUUUGAUAGAAGUGGCUCCAGGGGGCGACCAGACUCCAAAGCAAUCCCGCCCACCGUAUUCAAAAGUGGAGGGAAGAGAUGAUGGACAGAAUGGAACACUCUCAGAUUCUGGAAUCUACCGAUGUGAGUUCUGUGGAUCAUUAUAUGCUAUUCCUCUCAUCUUAUCAAGACAUCUCAAGUACAAACAUGGGGUUGAUGGUAUCGUCUUUCCAUCGUAUGCAUUGCAUGAAGGCUUUCUACAGAUUGUUGAUGGAGAAAUACAUGGACCUGCCUGUAAAUCGAAUGACUUUGAACUUGGUGAUAAGGAGAUUUUGAAAGAAGGAAAUGAAGUAAAUAUGACAGUUGAGUGUAAGUCACGUAUAGAUUCAUAUUUUGCAUCAUGCCAGGAAGUUAUUGACAAUGAGAAGUUCUUUGUAUGUGAUCAAUGUGGUAAGGCAUUUAGUCAAUCUUAUUAUCUCACAUUACAUAAACAAAUCCAUACAGGUGAGAAACGGUAUGUAUGUGAUCAAUGUGGUAAGGAAUUUAGUGAAAAAUUUGAGCUAAAUAUACAUAUAAAACAAAUCCACACAGGUGAGAAGCCGUAUGUUUGUGAUCAGUGUGGUAAGGCAUUCAAUCAAUCAAGUUCUCUUAAAAGACAUAAACAAAUCCAUACAGGUGAAAAGCCCUAUGUAUGUGAUCAGUGUGGUAAGGCAUUCAAUCAGUCAACUGCUCUUAGAAGACAUAAACGAGUCCAUACAGGUGAAAAGCCCUAUGUAUGUGAUCAAUGUGGUAAGGGAUUUUAUCACCAUAAUAGUCUCACAACACAUAAACAAAUCCAUACAGGUGAGAAGCCGUAUGUUUGUGAUCAGUGUGGUAAGGCAUUCAAUCAAUCAAGUGCUCUUAGAAGACAUAAUAAGCAAGUCCAUACAGGUGAGAAGCCCUAUGUGUGUGAUCAAUGUGAUAAGGCAUUUUGUCAAUCUAGUGAUCUAUCAAGACAUAAACAAAUCCACACAGGUGAGAAGCCGUAUGUUUGUGAUCAGUGUGGUAAGGCAUUCAAUCAAUCAAGUGCUCUUAGAAGACAUAAACGAGUCCAUACAGGUGAGAAGCCCUAUGUAUGUGAUCAGUGUGGUAAGGGAUUUUAUCACCAUAAUAGUCUCACAACACAUAAACAAAUCCAUACAGAUGUGAAUCCCUAUGUGUGUGAUCAAUGUGAUAAGGCAUUUUGUCAAUAUAGUGAUCUAACAAGACAUACACAAAUCCACACAGGUGAAAAUCCGUAUGAUUGUGAUCAGUGUGGUAAGGCAUUCAAUCAAUCAAGUGCUCUAAGAAGACAUAAACGAGUCGAUGCAGGUGAGAAGCCGUAUGUUUGUGAUCAGUGUGGUAAGGGAUUUUAUCACCCUAAUAGUCUCACAACCCAUAAACGAAUCCAUAGAGAUGUGAAUCCCUAUGUGUGUGAUCAAUGCGAUAAGGCAUUUAGUCGAUCUGAUCAUCUAGUGACACAUAAACAAAUCCAUACAGGGGAGAAGCCCUAUGUAUGUGAUCAGUGUGGUAAGGCAUUCAAUCAAUCAAGUGCUCUUAGAAGACAUAAACGAGUCCAUACAGGUGAGAAGCCCUAUGUAUGUGAUCAGUGUGGUAAGGGAUUUUAUCACCAUAAUAGUCUCACAACACAUAAACAAAUCCAUACAGGUGAGAAGCCCUAUGUAUGUGAUCAGUGUGGUAGGGCAUUUUAUCAAGAACAUACUCUCACAACCCAUAAACAAAUCCAUACAGAUGCGAAUCCCUAUGUGUGUGAUCAAUGUGGUAAGGCAUUUAGUCGAUCUGAUCAUCUAGUGACACAUAAACAAAUCCAUACAGGGGAGAAGCCCUAUGUAUGUGAUCAGUGUGGUAAGGCAUUCAAUCAAUCAACUGCUCUUAGAAGACAUAAACGAGUCCAUACAGGUGAAAAGCCCUAUGUAUGUGAUCAGUCUGGUAAGGGAUUUUAUCACCAUUAUAGUCUCACAACACAUAAACAAAUCCAUACAGGUGAGAAGCCGUAUGUUUGUGAUCAGUGUGGUAAGGCAUUCAAUCGAUCAAGUGCUCUUAGAAGACAUAAGCAAGUCCAUACAGGUGAGAAGCCCUAUGUGUGUGAUCAAUGUGAUAAGGCAUUUUGUCAAUCUAGUGAUCUUACAAGACAUAAACAAAUCCACACAGGUGAGAAGCCGUAUGUUUGUGAUCAGUGUGGUAAGGCAUUCAAUCAAUCAAGUGCUCUUAGAAGACAUAAACGAGUCCAUACAGGUGAGAAGCCCUAUGUAUGUGAUCAGUGUGGUAAGGGAUUUUAUCACCAUAAUAUUCUCACGACACAUAAACGAAUUCAUACAGAUGUGAAUCCCAAUGUUUGUGAUCAAUGUGGUAAGGCAUUUAGUCGAUCUUGUCAUCUAGUAAGACAUAAACAAAUCCACAGGUGAGAAGCCCUAUCUAUGUGUUCAAUGUGGUAAGGGAUUUUAUCAACCUUAUAGUCUCUACAACACAUAAACGAAUCCAUACAGAUGUUAAUCCCUAUGUGUGUGAUCAAUUUAAUAAAGAAUUUUGUAAAUCUAGUGAUCUAACAAGACACAAACAAAUCCAUACAGAUGUGAAUCCCUAUGUGUGUGAUCAAUGUGAUAAGGCAUUUCAUCAAUCUAGUGAUCUAAUAAGACAUUAACGAAUCCACACAGGUGAGAAGCCGUAUGUUUGUGAUCAAUGUAGUAAGGCAUUUCGUCAAUCUAGUGAUCUAACAAGACAUAAACAAAUCCACACAGAUGAGAAGCCCUAUGUAUGUGAUCAGUGUGGUAAGGGAUUUUAUCAUCCUAAUAGUCUCACGACAUAUAAACGAAUUCAUAGAGAUGUAAAUCCCAAUGUUUGUGAUCAAUGUGGUAAGGCAUUUAGUCGAUCUUGUCAUCUAGUAAGACAUAAACAAAUCCACAGGUGAGAAGCCCUAUGUAUGUGAUCAAUGUGGUAAGGGAUUUUAUCAACCUUAUAGUCUUACAACACAUAAACGAAUCCAUACAGAUGUGAAUCCCUAUGUGUGUGAUCAAUGUUAUAAGGCAUUUUGUCAAUCUAGUGAUCUAACAAGACAUAAACAAAUCCACACAGGUGAGGAGCCGUAUGUUUGUGAUCAAUGUGGUAAGGGAUUUUAUCAACCUUAUAGUCUCACAACACAAACAAAUCCAUACAGAUGUGAAUCCCUAUGUGUGUGAUCAAUGUGAUAAGGCAUUUCAUCAAUCUAGUGAUCUAAUAAGACAUAAACAAAUCCACACAGGUGAGAAGCCGUAUGUUUGUGAUCAAUGUGGUAAGGGAUUUUAUCAACCUUAUAGUCUCACAGCACAAACAAAUCCAUACAGAUGUGAAUCCCUAUGUGUGUGAUCAAUGUGAUAAGGCAUUUCAUCAAUCUAGUGCUCUAACAAGACAUAAACAAAUCCACACAGAUGAGAAGCCCUCUGUAUGUGAUUAGUGUGGUAAGGGAUUUUAUCACCCUAAUGGUCUCACGACACAUAAACGAAUUCAUACAGAUGUGAAUCCCAAUGUUUGUGAUCAAUGUGGCAAGGCAUUUAGUCGAUCUUGUCAUCUAGUAAGAAAUAAACGAAUCCAUACAGGGGAGAAGCCCUAUGUAUGUGAUCAAUGUGGUAAGGCAUUUAGUCAAUCUUAUGAUCUAACAAGACAUAAACGAAUCCAUUCAAGGGGAGAAACCCAUAAUAAAAAUAUAGAGUAUUUCUAAAGCACCAAAUCCACAUUGAUUGAGGGCCAAGGCGCUAUGUGUACGAUCAAUGUGGUAAGGCAUUUAGUCAAUCUUAUGAUCUAACAAGACAUAAACGAAUCCAUUCAAGGGGAGAAACCCAUAAUAAAAAUAUAGAGUAUUUCUUAAGCACCAAAUCCACAUUGAUUAAGGGCCAAGGCGCUAUGUGUACGAUCAAUGUGGUAAGGCAUUUAGUCAAUCUUAUGAUCUAACAAGACAUAAACGAAUCCAUUCAAGGGGAGAAACCCAUAAUAAAAAAGUAUUUCUAAAGCACCAAAUCCACAUUGAUUAAGGGCCAAGGCGCUAUGUGUACGAUCAAUGUGGUAAGGCAUUUAAUCGACCCCACUUUAUCACCAAACAAAUCACACAGGUUAAGAGUUAAGAAUUUCUAUAUGUGUGUUGAGGCUAUUUUAUGAAAACUCUGUAAUAAUUAUAAUACAGUG